AUGAUAUCGACUCGAGUUUGCUUAACCAUCAGUUUAGUCUUGAACUGCACGCCACGCGCAUUAACAACGUUUAUCAACAACGUUUUAUCAACAACGUUUUAUUUCGUUUCUAUUCGUGUCAUUAUCAAGGAAAUGUGCAACCACAUUCUAUCGAACAUAAUUUUCGUUUCACUUCUUGUCAUUCUAUCGUACGCGAUCGACGACGAACUUUACGAAGGGAGUCAAUGUAUGUUGGAAGAUGGUAAGACAGGCAUCUGCAAGAAAUUAACCGAUUGUCCAAUGAGAAUACGAGAGGUGCAACGAGGCAUAAGGCAUUCGGCUUCAACGGGAAGAUGCGGAUUCUCUGAUUUUACUGAGAUCGUUUGUUGUCCUAUAAUGAAUUUCGAAAGAAAAGUGUUGCUUCGUCCGGCUGAUAUUGCUUGUCAAGAAUACGGCAAUAAUAGUGCAACAACAAAAGAGGAUAAAAAUUUGUCUCUCCACAUAUUUAAUGGAAAAUUGGCUAUGUCCAAUGAAUUUCCAUACGUAGUGGCUUUAGGAUAUGAAAACGACAACAUUUCCGAACCUAUCAAAUAUAAUUGUGGAGGCAGUUUGAUAUCUUCUCAGCAUGUAUUGACUGCGGCACACUGUGUCAGUAAUAUAAAUGAGAAAGUACCAAUCGAAGUACGAUUAGGAAACGAAGAUAUACAAAGUAUCGAAUCGAACGUGCAACGGAUUCCGAUAAGCGACAUAAUAUAUCAUCCGAAGUAUAAACGCAGUACACAAUAUAACGACGUCGCUAUUUUGAGGCUGAAAACAAAGAUACAAGUUUCGAAAACGACUAAGCCUAUUUGUCUUCAAACCAAAUCCUUAAGAUCAUUGAAGAUAACACCGAGAACAUCUUUAAUAGUGAUUGGAUGGGGCGCUACGAGUUUCGAUGCCGAGAAUUCUGUCAAAUUGAGAAAGACGCCUAGUCUCAGCAUUGUGAGUAAAGAGGAAUGCGAAAAACAUUACAUAGGGCAUCCAAGAUUACCUAAUGGCAUCGACGACAAUUUCAUUUGCGCUAUGGACAAUAAUGCCAGUCGAAGGGCGGACGCUUGUCAAGGAGACAGUGGAGGCCCAUUGUUAAUGAUGACCGAAAAAGGUGAUAGCGUAAUUGGAAUCACAGCUUUCGGUAAUACUUGUGGUUCACCUGCCCCGGGUGUUUACACCGCGAUUUAUUCUUAUUUAGAUUGGAUCGAGGAACAUGUUUGGACGAAUAAAAAUGAGAAAAAAAAUGUCGUGAAAACAGGAUUUUUCAACAUUACGAUCACGUUCCAGUGAAACAUACUUUACAUGUGUUUGCCAAUACGUAUCUCAGGUAAUGAUCUCCAGGUAAUGGAAUUCGAUUAUAUCAUGGAGAUUAUUUUGUAUUGCGGGUUCUGUCAGAUGAUCAUACGUGACAUGACAGAUGAUUAAUGAACUGUUAUCGAUAAAAGGAAAAAAAAAGAUGAGAAAAGGGGAUAAACAUUAACAAAACCCUCUUUUAUUUAUUCACAUUCUGUACAAAUAGUAUUUUACAUAAUGUCUGAUAAUAUCUAUUUUGCCAACUCGAGUAUUGACCGGUAAUGUGUGAUAAGCAUCGAUUUGAAUACUCAUUAAAAACGAAGUACAAUUAAAAAAUAAUAGAUCUCGAAAUAAAGAGAUAGACAUCGUUGUUCAAUGUUAUUACGAAUCGAUCGUGUUAUUUUAUUUUAGAAAAUGGAUAAAACGAAAAAAAAAUUGUUAAACUGAAAUAAAAAAAAAAAAGAUUUUGCAAACGA